AGCUUUCUUCAUAGUAACCAGAGUCAACGCCAGGCUUAUCAAUCGAGAGGUUGCUCUUGGCAACCGAGCGUUGUUUGUCGAUCCCAUCCAUGCUUUCAGAAGCUCUGCUGCUCUUGCCUUGGAUUAGGUCUUGCUUUCCCGCUUUCAAGUUGGUGGCGCGAUUUUGAUAGAGAAGACAAGAGCAAGAUUUAUAUUGUCUGUACAAUGCUGUUCUCCAGGGAUAGAAAAUAUAGGCAUAACACAAGAUUAACAGGGGACAGGAAGGGUGACCUGUAUCCUUCCAGUUUGCAAUUCUACCAGCAUCCACCAACAGAGAAUAUAUCUCUGAUUGAGUUUGAGACUUUUGCAAUCGAGAGACUUAAACUUCUUAAGGCUGUAGAGAAUCUAGGUGUGAGUUAUGUUAAGAACUCAGAAGAAUACAGUAAAAAGCUGGAACUAGAAUUGAGAAAACUAAAGUUUCCAUACCGACCUUUACACGAGGAAAUAAGUGAUGACGUCUAUGAUCUACGAAGAAAAGACCACAUUUCACACUUUAUCCUACGUCUUGCAUACUGUCAGUCAGAGGAUUUAAGGCGCUGGUUUAUACAACAAGAAAUGGACCUGUUUAAAUUUCGGUUUGGUUUGCUGACUAAAGAGAGUGUCCAGGAAUUUCUGAAACUCAAUGAUCUGCAGUAUGUUGCUAUCAGUGAGGAUGAAAAGAACAUGCACAAAGAGGAUUUAAUGAAUUCAAGUUUUGGUUUAAGUUUGACUAAAAUGGAAGAUACAGAAUUUUACAAGGUUCCCUUCCAAGCUGCUCUUGAUUUAGUUCGACCAAGAAAGGUUUUCCUGUGGCGCGGCUUUGCAUUCAUUCCUCAUAAAGAUAUAGUUUCCAUUGUCUUGAAUGACUUCAGAGCAAAGUUAUCAAAAGCUUUGGCAUUGUCUGCUCGAUCCCUGCCUGUUGUUCAGUCUGAUGAAAGGCUGCAACCAUUACUUAAUCACUUAAGUCAUUCAUACAUUGGGCAAGAUUUUAGCUCACAAAGUAAUACAGGAAAGAUUUCACUUGAACAAAUAGAUGGGUUUGCUGCCAAGUCUUUCCCCCUGUGCAUGCGUCAGCUGCACAAGUCUUUGAGAGAAAACCAUCAUUUGCGUCAUGGAGGACGUAUGCAAUAUGGACUGUUUCUCAAGGGUAUUGGCCUGACACUAGAACAGGCUUUACAGUUCUGGAGGCUGGAAUUUACAAAGGGGAAAGUAGACUCCGAAAAAUUUGACAAGGUAUAUGCCUAUUCUAUUCGUCAUAACUAUGGUAAAGAAGGGAAGAGGACCGAUUAUACACCUUACAGUUGCAUGAAGGUUAUUUUAUCCAAUCCACCCAGUCAAGGAGACUAUCAUGGUUGCCCAUUUCGACACAGUGAUCCUGAGCUCCUAAAACAGAAGUUGCAAUCAUUUAAAGUUCCUUCUUCAGGGAUAAACCAGAUUUUAGAACUUGUUAAGGGGAUGCAUUACCAGCUGGCUUGCCAGAAGUAUUUUGAGCUGACUCACAGUGUGGAUGAUUGUGGCUUUUCACUGAAUCACCCAAACCAAUACUUUGCUGAAAGUCAGAAACUAUUAACUGGUUCUCGGGAAAUCAAGAAGGAACAAACAGCACGUGAUUCUCCAGCAGUUACUGCCAGCCAGUUGUCUUCUAGUUCAUCAUCUGCAUCCAUCCCUAAGUCACAAUCAUCUGCACCAGAAAUGGAGGACCUAGAGCAGAUCUUCAGUGAAUACUGAUCAUAUUUACUCAUUUAACAUAUGCCCAAGAAAGACAAAGGAUGCAGAAGUUGCUUCAUUGUUGUAAUUAAAAUAAAAUAUUUUGUUUCAAUUUA